UAUGUGCCUUUGAUGAUUAAUUUUAAGCACGUAUUUUUUACUAAGUUUGAAUAAAUGUACAAACUUAAUGUCGAUUUGUAGUUGUAUACCUCUGGUAAGAUAAAGCGGUGACGUGCUGUCAAGGUUAACCGCGCAAGUAAAUAGCAAAAGAGUGUUCCGCGUCCUGCCGCGUGCUAGCCGCUAGCUCCCGUCCCACAUGCUCUCGCUCUGUAACAAUGACCUUUAUCUGUUGUGCACCAUGAUAAACGGCAGCUUAACCCGAGCAAUUAAGAUUACAGUUAAAAUACGGGCGCGACACAGAUCGAGUGCGGCGCGCGGCGGGAGGUCGACAGUCUACACGUAAAAAAGCAUGCGCGCGCGCUUCACAAUCAAACGCACGUUACGAUGACCCGUGUCGGGUUGUGGACGGCCGCGGCCCUCGCGCUUGCUACACUCGCCACCGCGCGCAUUUACGAGAGAUGUGAACUGGCACGCGACCUCAUGUCCUUCGGCGCCGGCCACGACGACGUCGCCACAUGGGUGUGCAUCGCGUUCCACGAGUCUCGCCUUGACACUGCAGCCAACAAUCCGCACAGUGGCGAUCACGGGAUAUUUCAAAUCAGCGAGCUUUACUGGUGCGGCAAUGGCAAGGCGUGUGGUGUGCCGUGUUCCUCGUUCAGGGACGGAGAUAUCAGAGACGACUUUAGAUGCGCCCUCCGAAUUCGCGAAGAACACAAUAGAUUUCAAGGAAAUGGAUUCCUCGCUUGGGUAGUGUACCCUCAAUAUUGCAAGCAUAAUCCAAAGAAAUAUAUCGCCGACUGCAAUAUCCUACCAAAGAAUCGCGCAAUGACGAGCAAUUAUAUGUCUUAUAACACGUUUUUGGAUGACGUUUUAUACCACAAUGACACAGUUUCAAAUGAUAAUAACCCUCCGUCUUACUUAAGAGUGAGUGCCAUAUUCCGAGCAAAACAUGGAAAAGCGCGCGAUCUUGAUAAACCAAAUAUUGAAUGGUCCAACUAUAAAAUUGAUAAUAUAGACGAAUUAAAACUGCCUGCCAUCGGUAAGGAGUUUCAAACAGCAGCCACCGCAGCAACAAAAACAACGCUAGCCACAACCACGACGUAUGUACCACCCGUGAUGCCAUGGCGAACAAUAGAAACAAAUCAGUUCCGUCGUAAACUAUCAACGAAAGCAAUAUCUUCAUUUCCCACCACCAAAGCGCUUGAAAAUUACACAGAAAAAACUACAACUAAACCAAUAACACCAUUAAAGCCCAACAUAUUGACUACAGUAUACCAAUGGCCGACAACUAAAGCACCUUUCGCAGGAUCUAGUGUGACUACAACAGCUAAUCUUAUAAAUGUGACAAGUUUUGUGCCUACAGUGGGAAGUAUAUCAUUCAAAUCAUUUACUACAACAUCCCCUGCCACAGUAUCUAAAUUUACAACAUCUAAAGCAGCGACUGUAAUAACUACUCCUAAGUCAAAUAAAAUUUCGAAAACUACAUACAGGCCACUGCUUCCAUUUACAAGCAAAACAACACCAGCCAAUGACAAAAGAUCUUCAACAUCUUACAAAUACAUAUCAUCUUCAGUCCCUACACCACUUUUCUCUUCAACUCCGAGUACACAGGCUAGUAAUUCUUUCAGUUACUUAUAUUCUGCACAAAAGUCUACUACGUUUCCAAAUUAUUUUACAACUACACCAAAAACUAAUGAAAAGUCAUUGUUUUCUCCUCAAAUUUUAUCAAGUACGCUUCGGCCAUUUACAACUAAGUUUAUACCGAAAUACACCUUUGCGACAACCAAACCUUCUUUCAGCACUAAAUCACCUUUCCAAUUAAAAUCUUCAACGGCAUUGCCCAAAGUAGACCCAACAACUGGUAGCCCUAUCUCAAAAAUUACUACGACUCAAUCAAUAUUCAAUGUAUACUUAAGCUCAACUAAACAGCCAAAAUUAUCGACAUACAAAUUUUCUAAUUUUAAUGACGGCAAAUAUGGUUUGAAAAUUUUCUCUGAUGGUACUACUUCAUCACCAACAAAGGAACAACAAGCAAAUCAAAAUGGACGCCAAGAAGAACGAUGAUUAAGAUUCUUUCGAAGAUUAAGCGUCACGUGCAUCUUAGAGUUGAUAAUUUAUUGAAUAACUAUUGCGGAUUUUAGUGUCCAUGACAUUGCUUUAGUUUUUACUUUUAUUAUUAUUAUUAUUAUGAUAUAAGAUUUUUUCUACUCGGCCUAGUUGCACUGCGAAUGUAUCAUAAAACCUAUUUUGGAUAUGUAAAUUAUUGAACUUAGAUGCAACGAAAAUUCAUUUAGUUUGUAAUUAAUGUAAGUAAUUAUUAGUAUCCACCAUGCUCAAUUUACAAUAAGCUAAAGCAUUUACUUAAUAAAUUUAUAUUAAAAUCGUACGUUUUA